AUGGAUCAUACAAAGUCCGGGAGAAGGAGGCGGUCGAGCAGUAUAAUUUACCAGGAGCCUGCGGAGUCGCUAGAACAUACCAGUGAUCAGGCUGCGUUGCCCAACCUUAAUGCGAACUGGGUUAAUGCCAAAGGCGCCUGGACUAUCCAUUUCGUUCUGAUCGUGGCCCUCAAGAUCUUCUAUGACAUUAUCCCCGGCGUCUCGCAGGAAACAUCAUGGACUCUCACCAACAUCAGCUACAUGUUCGGCUCUUUUAUCAUGUUUCACUGGGUGCGGGGUAUUCCGUUCGAAUUCAACGCCGGUGCAUACGAUAAUCUAAACAUGUGGGAACAAAUCGACAAUGGAGAUCAAUAUACACCAACCAAGAAGUUCCUCCUUUGUGUACCCAUCGUUCUCUUUCUUCUCAGCACUCAUUAUACCCACUACGACUUGACAUAUUUCACCAUCAAUUUCCUGGCCACGCUGGGUGUCGUUAUUCCCAAACUUCCUUUCUCACACCGGCUGCGGAUAGGUUUCCUCUCCGGCGACCCGGAGGAACUAUAG